AAGAGUGUACAUGCUCAAACAUACAUUCCUUUUGGACCAAGCAGGCUAAACUGGCUGCCAACUGACACUUCGAAAAGACAAAUCUGCAGCAGCAUUUAAGAACUUAACCUGUUGUUUCAUGGUCCCAAACUUACUCAUGAAAGGAACAGAGCCUAGGCUCUGGAUUUAUUGGCUGCAAUCUGAAAGAAGCUGCAACUACUUUCCCCAGCAUGUGCUCACUAAAGUUGAAAUGGUGCCACAUUCGUUGCUGACGCCAAAAAGGGAGUAGAAGGAGUGAUCAACCCACGGAAAAGGUUCCAACAAGGAAUAACUAUUGACGUUCAUAUAAACUUCUCAUAACCUAGCCCUGUGGAAUGCUAUAUCAAUUUAUCUAUUACUGAACCAGUUGCAUCAACAAAGGAAGCAGAUGUGGUGAUAUCUCCAUGCCAGUUUAUUGUCCACACCAUGUCCUGUGUGUCUGUUGGUGUCCUGAUACAAAGGGAAUUGGUUCCACAGCAGAGAAUUCCUUUUGUAGAGUCAGCCAAGAAAGACAAUGGAUUACUCAGCACCAAAAUCUAUGUAUGCUCACUUGAAGAAAACAGCAGCAUUUGGUAGUAAUAUAUGCCUCCUAAAAGCCCACUGAGAACAGCCUAUUCUCAUAGUUAAAACAUCAUGAUACUGGACUUAUUUCUUUUCUGACAGCAUAAGGAAUAAUUGUACGUAUGCCCUCUGAUUCUCCUUGAAGAGAAAAACACUAUGUUGAAUCUAUAGAAGUGUCCUAUUAAUUUAAUUCUCUAGCUGUUUUUCCCCAAGGUUUUAUUUUAUGUAAAUUUGUAAUUGGUACGUAUGCUUGGGGGUUUUGUAUUAUCAAGACAUUUCUUCACACAGUUGUUGCACCAUUAUUCGUGACUCUAAUGCUUAAUAAGGCAGUUACUCAUUUCCAUCUUGCACUCCGUGCAAGUAACCAAAAACUAUUUCUUUUAAAAUCUCCCAACGGCCUCAUCUGAUUGUACUGUGGUGAAUGGGAAUACUGGAAAGGAGCAUUGGUUUCCCUAUGCUCAGAUUCCUUUGGCCAGGAGGUUUAUUUGGCAGAAAGGACAAGAUAAUGCCAGUCAAGCAGGAAAGAAUGGCUUUAUCCCACAGGAGAGAAUAUGCUAACAGAAAAAGUUGGACUAUUGCAUGUGCAGAAAUCUGACUAAAUCGGUCAUAAUCAAUUGAAUUCUUCUCUAGUCACCUCCUGUACGAGUCAAUGAGCAUGUGAUAAUUCAACAGCUACCAUCCUGAAGAUUUAUCAAUAAUAUUGUAAGUACAGCGUUUAUCAGUAAUAAAAUACACAGCAUACAUGUGCUGUGUAUUUCUACCUGCCUACUGUAUUUUCCACUCCAUGCAUCUGAUGAAGUGGGUUUUAGCCCAUGAAAGCUUAUGUCCAAAUAAAUGUUAGUCUCCUAAGGUGCCCCAAGGACUCCUUGUUGUUUUAGCUAAGGAAGUGAGUUGCACCAGCUUGAAAGAGCUCACAAAAGAACUGCCACAUUGACACUUUUUUGAAUUGUUAAACACAGGAGUGGUGAUAAAUAUGUCAGAAUGAACAAUACAAAUGUAGAUCCCCAGCUCAUUGUAUACACGCAGUCUCAUUUCUACACCUUGAGGACAUAGCUGUUUGCUCACAGGUAGUGAAAACAAAGCGGUGGAACUCACUCCUUUCCCCUUCAGUGGUGUAGGUUUUUUCUUUUAGCCUGACCAUCUCUGGCCCCUUAUAUGCUGAUUUGGCAUCCUUCCUUUCCUUUUGGGACCAAAUGUUCAAACGUGUGCAUCUGCUUCCAACUUAGCCCUGCAAAAACCCUGGUGCGCAAACACUUGAGCAUUUGUCCCCCUAAUGUUCAGCAUAUUCCAAAUUUGGUGAGAUGUGUGUGGUGGUGGUGUUGGUAAAGCACUUGGUAGGGGGAGUGCUUUAGAAAUCUUUAUUCUCUUCCAAGCGAGCAGCAGUAGAAUAAUGCAUUAAAUAUCACUCCAGAGAGAUGGAACAACCUGGCUGACAAGACAGGAACUUCCCCUCACUUGCAAACCAGCAUAAAUUAAGAGCCGGAUCGUACCUUCUUGCAAGACUGGUUCUGGGGAAGAAAAUUUUGCAGUGGUUCCCUUGUGAAGUUGCCCCCCCUGCCCCCAUUUUUCCAUGUGGGAGGGGGGAAAUGCAUUGAUAGGCGUUCUGUACUCACAUGAAGUAGGCCGGGGAUUUGGCUCCCAAGUCAGCUCCGUGGGUUUUGAUGCCAGUGUGUCUUUCUAGCCUACCCACGCAUUUCCUUGCUUCAGAGUGCUUUAUUUUGAUCAGUUUCUAAAUCUUGAUGAAAUAAUGUUACAUUUAGCACGACUGAGGGGAGAGGUUAGGAGAGAAAUUACUCUUUUAUAUUAAAUGCCAGUUGAUGUAGAUCAUUCUCAGUCUUAAACUGUUGGAAAUAACUUUUAUGCCACUAUAAACUAUUAUCAGACACUGAAUAACUACCAUCUGACUGAGAGAGUUUAGCAGAACGAAACCUCUUAAAACUAAACUGCAGGCCUUCCUUUUGACUUUGGACUCAACAGCUCUGAAUUCUAGAAGUUAAAGAUUUAGCAUGACACAACUAUUUAUUUUUGCUAAAUAAGUCUUCCCUUACAAGACAUCCAGUUGGAAUUUAUCUUUUAAAAUAUAUUCUGGUUUAUCAUUUCUCUUUUUAUAUAGCCACUUAGGAACUAUGAGGGGAGAACUCACAACCAGGACCUGGGUUCAUUGAGUCAGGAUAAAUUUGAAAUUCUUCUUCUACCUGCUUAGCAUGGCACAUGUAUUAAAGACACUCAACAGCUGGUUCUGGUGGGAGAACUUGUGGAUACCUGCCAAUUGCACAUGGGCAGAUCUUGAAGACCAUGAUGGCAUUGUCUUUCCAAAGCCAUAUCAAUUAUAUGCCACGAUACCAUACGCUUUUGUGAUGCUGAUGAUCCGAUUCUUGAUAGAAAGAUAUAUUGCCAUACCUCUAGCAAAAGCUUUAGGUAUAAAGAAUGUAACACGAGUGAAGCCGCAGCCAAAUGCUAUUUUAGAGAAUUAUUUCCGAAAAUGCACAAAACAUCCAUCCCAAUCUGAGAUGCAAGGCCUGGCCAAAAAGUGUAACUGGACAGUUCAUUUGGUGGAAAAGUGGUUUAGGAGACGGCGAAAUCUUGAGCUCCCAACGAUGCUUCGGAAAUUCCAGGAAGCUUGCUGGCGAUUUUCAUUUUAUCUUACAUCAUCCAUUGCUGGAUUUAUAUUUCUAUAUGAUAAACCUUGGUUUUAUGAUAUAUGGCAAGUGUGGGUUGGCUAUCCAUUUCAGUCCUUGCUAUCAUCCCAAUAUUGGUACUACAUGGCCGAGAUUAGUUUCUAUUGGUCUCUGUUGUUUACCCUUGGUACUGACAUCAAAAGGAAGGACUUUAUGGCCCAUGUCGUUCACCAUUUGGCAGCCAUUGUUUUGAUGGCCUGUUCUUGGUGCGGCAAUUACGUUCGUAUUGGGACCUUAGUGAUGAUUGUACAUGAUGCUGCAGACUUCUGGCUUGAGUCAGCCAAAAUGUUUAAUUACGCUCAUUGGGAAAAAACCUGCAAUGCUCUCUUCGUCAUCUUCUCUGUCGUGUUCUUCAUCACACGGAUUAUCCUUUUCCCUUUUUGGAUUUUACGUGGCACAUUAUAUCUGCCUUGCUAUUACUCCUCAACGAUCGUCAUAGCGUAUUUCAUCUUCAAUGGGCAGCUUCUAAUUCUGCAAGGGCUCCAUCUAUACUGGGGCUACUAUGUUCUCAAGAUUUUGAAUAAAUUCCUGUUCCUAAAGGACUUGAAAGAUGACCGGAGUGAUGAAGAGGAAGACUCCCUCACCGAUAAUGAAGAGUGCACAAAGAAUGGCAGCAAGAAUGGCUGUGGGUUGAGCAGACACCAACUGUUAAACAACAAUCAUUAGAUCCAAGCCUGCGCCACCUCCUGCAGUGUGGCUUGCUGUGUCCUUAACCCAACCUACAGUAUAGAGCUUAAAGUCAACAGGCUUACAAGAGUGUGUGAUUAAUUUAUUGCUGAUUACUAGACCUGGAAGGAAGCCCAUUUUAGAAAUGGGCAGGGGGGACUGCUUAACAUGACAAAAUGUGUUAAUGACCAACUUUCUGAAUUAUUGCGUACAAGUGUGUGAAAAACAUACCUAGAAUCUAUAAGUCACUCUUGAAAUGCUCAAGAAUUUCAAAACUAUCUCAGAACAUUUAAAAUCUAAUGGAUUUAAGCAUACAUUGCAAAUCUGAGAAAAGCCAGGCAACUUUACCCAAUAAUUUUAGUGGCAUAUCCAUAUAUUUUUAGAAGUGUAUAGCUGAUAUGAACCCCAUUAAAGAUCAGAAUUGCAAGAGAAAUCCAGAACAUUGGGAUAUAUUAUCUAGCAUUUUACGCAUCCUGUUUCCAUUUCAGCCCUUAGCACUGGGCUGCUGCUUGUGAAUUAGAACAAAUUCCCAUGAGGCUGGGGGAAGCUAGUAUGUAGGCUCUAGGGCUAUGUCAUGAAGGGAAGGGUAAACACCUUUAAAAUCCCUCCUGGCCAGAGGAAAAACCCUUUCACUUGUAAAGGAUUAAGAAGCUAGGAUA